AUGACUUCGUUUUACGAUGAGAUUGAGAUUGAGGACUUUGAAUUCGACGAAGAAACGAAAACAUAUCAUUAUCCAUGUCCGUGUGGUGACCGGUUUGAAAUCACAAUGUCCGAUUUAAUGGAUGGCGAAGACAUAGCUCGGUGUCCAAGCUGCUCCCUAAUGGUCCGUGUAAUAUAUGAUCCGGAGGAUUUUCAGGACGGGGACCAUGAAACAACUAUUGAUCUCGGGAGGGAAGCAAUCUCCGUGUGA